AUGAAGACCACACUCUUCACCCUCGCCGCCGCCGGCGUGGUUUACGCUCAGACUCAGACCUCUUAUGGGCAAUGUGGAGGCAACACAUGGCUUGGACCAUCGGCAUGUCCAACAGGUCAGUACUGCUCUGGCGGUAACGAUUACUACUCCGGAUGUGUUCCCGGCACUGCACCACCCACCUCGACCAGACCGAAGCCAACGGCUACGAGAGCACCGGCUUCUGGCAAGCGAGUGAAAUAUGCGGGCGUCAAUAUUGCCGGUUUCGACUUCGGCUGCGACACAACCGGCACCUGCGGCGCCUCCUCCGCCUUCCCACCGGGCUCCAAGGGAGUAGGUCAAAUGAACCACUUCGUCACCGACGACGGCCUCAACGCCUUCCGCCUGCCCGUCAGCUGGCAAUACCUCGUCAACGGCGUCCUCGGCGGCUCCAUCAACGCCAACAACCUCGCCAUCUACGAUAAACUGGUCCAAGCCUGUAUCGCCUCCGGCGCCGCGUUAUGUGAGAUUGAUAUCCAUAAUUAUGCCCGAUGGAACGGGAAGAUUAUAGGGCAGGAUUCCGGGGCGCCGACGAAUGCGCAGUUUGCGAGUUUUUGGGGUUCGUUGGCGGCGAAGUAUGCUAAUAACAAUAAGGUCGCAUUUGGGAUCAUGAACGAGCCCCACGACCUCGACAUCAACCUCUGGGCCACCACCGUCCAAGCAGCCGUGACCGCCAUCCGGCAAGCGGGCGCCACAACAAACUACGUCCUCAUCCCGGGCACGAACUACGCCUCCGCGGGCCAAUUCCUGGACAACGGAUCCGGCGCCGCUCUCUUGCCUGUCCAUAACCCAGACGGCACAUUCACGAACAUCAUCUUCGACGUGCAUAAGUAUCUCGAUUCGGACAAUUCGGGCACGCAUCCGCAGUGUACGACUAAUAAUAGUGCUGUCUUUACUACGCUUGGCAACUGGCUUCGCACAAACAAACGCUCGGCCUUCCUCACCGAAACCGGCGGGGGGCCCACAGAUACUACAUGUUAUACCAACCUGUGCCAGCAGUUCGAGACGAUGAAUAGUUAUAAUGAUGUGUAUUUCGGAUGGAUUGGCUGGGCGGCCGGGCAGUUCGAUCCGAGUUAUGUGCUUAGCGAGGUUCCCACGCAGAAUUCGGAUGGGAGUUGGGCGGAUGUGCCGUUGGUGACGAAGUGUGUGGCGGGGGAGUUUAACGGGGAUAGUUCUUGA